AUGGAAGCAUCAGCUGUGUUGGCACCAGUUUCAGUAGCUAUAGCUAUAGCUGUAUUGUGGUGGAUAUGGAGAACUCUAGAGUGGGUUUGGUUUAAACCAAAGAUGAUUGAGAGUUGCCUGAGAAGGCAGGGUCUUCCCGGAACUUCUUACACGCCACUCGUAGGAGAUGUGAAAAGGGAAGUUAGCAUGUUAAUGGAGGCAAGGUCCAAACCCUUAAAACUAACGGAUGAUAUCGUCCCACGUGUCUUGCCUCUCCCCUUUCACAUGCUCAAGACUCAUGGAAGGACAUCUUUCUUUACAUGGCGUGGACCUAUACCAACUAUCACCCUAAUGGAUCCUGAGCAUAUCAAGGAAGUGUGCAACAAAAUUUAUGAGUUCCAGAAACCGAAUACGUUCCCCUUGGCCAAACUGGUAUCCACUGGAAUCUUUAGUCACGAUGGUGAUAAAUGGGCAAAACACCGAAGAAUCAUUAACCCUGCUUUCCACCUUGAGAAGAUCAAGAAUAUGGUUCCUGCGUUCCACCAAAGCUGCAUGGAGGUUAUUGGCAAGUGGGACAAUAUAGUCUCGGACAAAGGGUUGUCUGGUGAGGUUGACGUGUGGCCUUGGCUUAUGAGUAUGACUGCAGAUGUGAUCUCUCGUACAGCUUUUGGCAGCAGUUAUCAAGAAGGACAUAGGAUAUUUACGAUCCAAUUGGAAUUAACACAGCUCCUUAUACAUGCUUCUCGCAAAAGUUGCAUCCCUGGAUAUAGAUACUAUCCAACGAAGGUUAAUAGAAGGAUUAAGGCGGCAGCUAGAGAAAGCGAAGUUACACUGAGAGGGAUCAUUAACAAAAGGUUAAGGGCUAGAGAAGCUGGGGAAGCACCAAGCCAGGAUUUGCUUGGUACACUUCUUGAAGCCAAUUUAGGGCAAGCUAAUGGAGAUGGAAUGAGCAUUAAGGAUGUGAUGGAGGAGUGCAAGUUUUUCUACUUCGCCGGGCAAGAGUCAACUUCAGUACUUCUAGUUUGGACAAUGAUUAUGCUAAGCCAACACCAAGACUGGCAGGCUCGUGCAAGACAAGAAAUUAAUCAAGUUUUUGGUGAUAAAGAACCUGAUACAAAAGGUCUUAACCAGCUUAAAGUUAUGACGAUGAUAUUAUAUGAGGUCCUUAGGCUAUAUCCUCCGGUAAUCUAUAUGGCCCGAGCCAUUUACAAAGAGAUGAAGCUAGGCGACCUGACGCUACCAGAUGGUGUUCAGAUCAAUCUACCAAUCAUGCUACUACAACGCGAUACUCACCUAUGGGGUGAGGAUGCAACUGAGUUUAAGCCUGAUAGAUUCAAAGAUGGUGUCGCAAAGGCAACGAAGAGCCAAAUCUCCUAUAUUCCAUUUUCUUGGGGACCAAGGAUAUGCUUAGGUCAGAAUUUUGCAAUGAUGGAGGCAAAGAUGGCAAUGGCUUUGAUUCUGCAAAGAUUCUCCUUCGAGCUUUCUCCUUCCUAUGUCCAUGCUCCUUACAAAGUCUUCACCCUUCACCCACAGUUUGGUGCUCAUCUUAUCCUGCACAAGCUAUAG